UGGGACCACACAUCCCAUUCCACUGAAGCAACCACGACUUCAGGUUAGGUCUAUGAGUAAGGAUUUCCUGUUGGAUUGCUGAGUCGCAUUAUUUUAAACAAAGCUUGCAAAUUCAUCUUUUCCGAGAGAUCUGAUGUCUUAAAUAGUUUGUAUCUGUAGUGUGCGGUCUAGCCUGAGCUGUAUACGGAGGAAACGUUAGCUUUCAAGACAACGUUUCAGAAGCCAGCUAACUUAGCUAUCGUUAGUCUGUCAAAAAUGUCAGAGCCUACGGUCGCAGAUACUCGCCGGUUAAACUCAAAACCUCAGGAUCUCACGGACGCCUAUGGUCCACCCAGUAACUUUCUUGAAAUCGACGUUUAUGAUCCUCAAACCGUCGGUGUUGGACGAAACCGUUUCACCACAUACGAGGUCCGAAUGAAGACAAACCUCCCAAUUUUUAAGAUGAAGGAUUCCUCUGUGCGAAGACGAUACAGUGACUUCGAGUGGCUGAAAAAUGAACUCGAGCGAGACAGCAAGAUUGUUGUCCCUCCGUUGCCAGGAAAGGCCUUGAAGAGACAGCUGCCCUUCCGUGGAGAUGAGGGUAUUUUCGAAGAUUCCUUCAUUGAGGAGCGAAGAUCUGGCCUUGAGCAGUUCGUCAACAGAAUUGCGGGGCAUCCCUUGGCCCAGAAUGAGCGCUGCCUACAUAUGUUUCUUCAGGACGAGACUAUUGACCGGAACUACAUCCCAGGAAAAGUAUGAAUGAAACACCACCAGAGAGGAAGCGGCCUGGUGACACCCCAUCCCAUCCCUCAUGAUCCCCCUCUCUACCAUCACCACAGGCCCGGGAAGCGUGCGCACACACACACACACACACACACACCUCUGGCUUAUUUCAUAAAGGCCCAGCUUUUGCUGACUUCCCUACCAGCAUUCUCUAUUGUCCUGUACAUACCGUUGUCCUCCUCUCGAGCAAGACGGCACCAGUACACUGUGUGUGUGUGUGUGUGUGUGUGUGUGGUGAGUGAGUAAGUGAGAGAAAGAGAGGGAGCCCAGAACACUUUUCUGGAUCUAAAAACUGGUGCACUGCUGCUUCAAAAAGGCCAGGAAAAGAAUUUUGUUUAGUUUGCUAGAUCGCCGGGGGAAGAAUGGGGAUGGAACGUGACUGCUGCUUUGACCAUCUCCUUCCUGAUGUGUUUUGUUUUCAUUUCAUGUCAGUGAAAGUUCAGUCACGGUACCACAAGUACACCAGUGGGUCACAAGUCUUAUCAAUCAAUCUGGCACAUAUGACAUUGCAUUAUUUACAUUUACCCUUCUAAUUUCUAAUUUCACAGUGUACACCCCCCCCCCCCCCCCC